ACUUGCGAGGUGGCUGCCAUGAGAGUUGAUGAGAGUGCUUUAUUCUUCAAUUGAGAGAGAAUAGGAUUUUUGAAAAAUUAAUAUUUAAUAUCGCUUUAAACUGCGUAAUUUCUAUUUAUUGUGGUAGGGAAGAUACGAAAAUUGUAUGAAUCAUACGGAUGUUUGUAAAAAAUUUGCUUGUAAAUUACAAACAUGCUUGAAAGAAAAUAUGUAUCAGCCGGCUCGCUGUGAGGUAGUAAUCGAGGAACUCAGACAGUGCUGCAUCAAGUACUCGGAAAAUUCGGUGGUGUGUGACGGAAUUGAUGUGUCCAAACCCUACGAGCACAAUACGGUGGAUUAUGGACUGACGACUUCAACCCCUCACGUCUGCGAGUAUCUCUUGCUAAAGGAGUGCCCUCAUCAUCGUUGUGACCCUCACGUUUGCGACCAUCUCUGGGUGAAGGAGUGUCCUCAUUAUCCUUGUGACCCUCACGUCUGCGGCCAUCUCUUGGUGAAGGAGUGUCGUCAUCAUCUUCGUCAUCUUCAAAAUCUUGAUAAUUCUGAGUAGAUGCUGCUGAGGUUUUAGUUGAAUCGAUGUGCUCUUGUGAUUUCGAUGAUGAUCCACUCUUCCUUUGUACUUCUUCCUCGUCAUUCCCUUCUCCCUCACCUUCAUCUUCAUCCGAGUCUUCAGCAGGGAUCGUCAUUAAUCAUUAAUCCGUCAAUUUUUUGAGCUCAAUCAUUCAUUAUUUUCGUUAAUCAUCAUUUCAGCUUCAUGAACUUUCUAUUAAUUAAUUCACCUGUAAUCACGAUUGAGGAUUAUGUGAUAACUGAUUAAUCAGUAACUCGAAUUUUCACAUUUGUGAUUUCUGAAAUAAUGAGUAAUCGGAGGUACAAGGCACCUGAUUACUGCAUCAAUCGUUAAUGGAAACCAGUAAUUACUUGCUCGCUUAAUUAAUGAUCAAUUACGUUAAGAAAUUACUCAACUACCAGACGAAUGGUUAAUCAGGACUGAAGAGGAUCUGAUUAUUUGAGUAAUGGUCAAUUAAAAUUCUGAAUUUUUCGAUUAUUUUGACAUCUGUUAAUGGUAAUUGAAAGUUCGUCAAUACCUAAUUAAUUCUUAAUUCGAAUUUCCAGUUAUUCAUUCUUAUAAUAAAUGGUUAAUGGACCUCAAAAUAAUUAGAUUACUAAAUCAAUCGUCAAUAUGACUUACUGAUUAUACGAUAAAACAGUCAAUCGUCAAUCAGAAUUCGCAAUUAUUUGAUUAUUCAAUUAAUGGGUAAUGGAAACAAAUAAUUGCGUGAUUACUCAGUCAAUCAUCGAUGAAAUUAAUCGAGAAAGUUAUUGAUGAUUAGAUUAUAGAAUUAAUCAUCGAUCGGGAUUUGCCAUGAUUCGAUGAUCCAAUUUUUAAUUGGAUCCAGAAAACACUUGAUGGAUUAAUCAAUCAUUGAUUCAAAUUGGAAAUGAAAAAGGCACGAAUAGGCAAGAAUUUUCAAAAAUAUUCUCUAAGGAGUAAUCACGUCGGCCGGGUUACCACGUGUUACAUCGGGAAGCUGUGGCUGUGUUUCUGGUACUUGUGAUUAUUUGACAGUGUCGUUCUUGGGUGAGUACUAUUAUUCACAUUAUUUUAGUGGUUGAAAAUUGUUCUGAUUAGCCGAAAUCCGAGAAAAAGAAAUAAUCUGACAAAUACCUCUUAUGCUCCGAAAUCAAUCGAUGAUUUUCCUCAAACUUAUCUGCAUAAAUAAAUGUGCAAAAUUUGAUACAUUCUUUCUAUGAAACAAAGUUAUCAGAAAACAACGGAUAAUUUUGUAGACUUAGCGGUAUGCCUAUUGAUAA